CAAGAUCCAUCGCGCGCCUGCUAUUCACGCUUCACUCGCACACAGCUCUAUCUUCUCGCGCAACAGCUUCAGCACACUACGUCCGCUCGCAUAUACCGUCACUCCCAACGCGCAACCAAAUUCAAACCACACACAGCAGACAUGUCCGACUACGGCGAUGAUGGCGGUGGUGACUUCGGCGCCGGCGAGGAGUACGACGCCAACAUGCUGGAAGAAGACUACGAAGAAGUCGAGGACCUCGUCGACAACAACGACCAGCCCGGCGGCACCGAAGACCCCGAAAACACAGCCAACAUUGUCACAUCCGGCGACCCUAACGCAGUCGCACGCGCAAACGCAAACUUGGGAGUCAAGGGCCUGAAGGAAAAGAGAAUCGACAAUGACAAGAGAACUACUACGCCGUACAUGACAAAGUACGAGAGAGCUAGAGUUUUGGGCACGAGGGCGCUGCAGAUUAGCAUGAACGCCCCUGUUCUUGUCGACGUCGAGGGUGAGACGGAUCCUCUGCAAAUCGCCAUCAAGGAGCUGCGCGAAAAGAAGAUCCCUCUGGUUGUGCGCAGAUACUUGCCCGAUGGCUGGUACGAGGACUGGACCUGUGAGGAGCUUCUUUGAGCUAUUCGACUGCUCCGUUACGAAACACGACUCUGCCCUUGAUCAUCACACCUUUUUCUUGCACCACAACAAAUACCUCGGAGCCCAUCGAGUCUGGCCCAAGCACUGGGUUCAAGCGCUUGAGCUUUGUGGGUCACACAAUCACACAACUGCCAGCCUCGAGUUGUGCUCCCAAACAUCGCUCGACUGCAACGCAUCAUAACCAUGGAUCGGGCUCUCUGGUUCCAGCUGGCGUCUCUCGUGGACUAUGUCUAUCUCAGUCUAUCAGCCAGGGUGAGAAAUAUGCUUCAUCAUUGUUCCGGCGUUCAAGCGAUCAAAAAAGAGGUCGAGGGGAGCAAAUAAUUGAAAGCGCGCUCUGCAUUUUUGGCGAAGCAUCAAAAUGAUUAAAAAAAAUCAAAAACAUGGCACAAACAAACAGUUUUUACCAGUUUCACG